AUGCUGACAUUCAAUGGCUCAGCCUUCAUGCCGUCUGCAUUUGCACUAAUUGGGAUUCCUGGUCUGGAGUCAGUGCAGUGUUGGAUUGGGAUUCCCUUCUCUGCCAUGUACCUUAUCGGUGUGCUUGGAAAUUCUCUAAUUUUAGUUAUAAUCAAAUAUGAAAGCAGCCUCCAUAUACCUAUGUACAUUUUUUUGGCCAUGUUGGCAGCAACAGACAUUGCACUUAGUACAUGUAUUCUUCCCAAAAUGUUAGGCAUCUUCUGGUUUCAUUUGCCAGAGAUAUCUUUUGAUGCCUGUCUUCUGCAAAUGUGGCUUAUUCACUCAUUCCAGGCAAUUGAAUCAGGUAUCCUUCUGGCAAUGGCCCUAGAUCGCUAUGUGGCCAUUUGUAACCCCUUGAGACAUGCCACCAUCUUUUCCCAGCAGUUCUUAACUCAUAUUGGACUUGGGGUGACACUCAGGGCUGCCAUUCUUAUAAUACCUUCCAUAGGGCUCAUCAAAUGCUGUCUUAAAUACUACAGAACUACAGUCGUCUCUCAUUCUUAUUGUGAGCACAUGGCCAUUGUGAAGCUGGCUGCUGAAGAUAUCCGAGUCAACAAGAUAUAUGGCCUAUUUGUUGCUUUUGCAAUCCUAGGGUUUGACAUAAUCUUUAUCACCUUGUCCUAUGUCCAAAUUUUUAUCACUGUCUUUCAACUGCCCCAGAAGGAGGCACGAUUCAAAGCCUUCAGUACAUGCAUUGCACACAUUUGUGUCUUCCUACAGUUCUACCUUCUUGCCUUCUUCUCUUUCUUUACACACAGGUUUGGUUCACACAUACCACCAUAUGUUCAUAUCCUCUUGUCAAAUCUUUACCUGUUAGUCCCACCUUUUCUCAACCCUAUUGUCUAUGGAGUGAAGACCAAGCAAAUUCGUGACCAUGUUCUGAGGGUGUUUUUCUUCAAAAAAGUAACUUGA